AUGCUCGACACUAGCAGCUGUGGCUCAAAGCCCCUCGAUGCCGAGACGUUUCGAGUGGCAGAAGAACUCAUUAUGCUGAGCAAUCGCGCGGCGUCUGCCUCUUCCAUGGACGAGAAAUCCAACGAUUCGCCCUCCAACAUUUCAGGCUUUUUCGAUUACCAGGACAUUAUUAACUCGCGCUGUGAUCUCUCCCAGUCGGAGCUGUUGAAGGAGCAUCGCGUCCGUUUCCGCCGCGUUCGUCGGAGGUGGAACAUCGAGCAGCGUACCAAGAAGAAAGAGUAUCUGGCCCGGUUUCACGUGCAAGGCAUCCCUCUCGUGCAGCACCUUGAGGCGCUCACGCACUGGCGGUAG